GAAGUGUUUGAGAUAUACACGCCAGCUGAUGUGCUUUUACCGCCCAUUUCACAUUUUAACUUUUUCUUAAACCGCGUUACCUCGAGAAUUUUUUUUUUUUUUUUAAAAACGUGUUUUCGCUUGAAGAAGUUUAACUUAUUUCUUAAAGCGAAGCUAACAGCAGUAAGACAUGCAGACAGAGAAGGAGGAUGAGGACGAUGCAUCUCCUCAAGAGUGUGUUGCCAUGUCCGAUUUCACUGGAAGUGGCAGCGACCAGCUUAGUUUCAGCUGCGGGGACAAACUACUUGUGCACAUCAAGUCUUCAUCAGACUGGUGGUGGGCAGAGCUGCGGGGGGUCAGAGGUUAUGUCCCUGCCAGCUACCUGCGCCCCGGUGAUGCUGAAGAGGAGGACACCUCCCUAGAGGACCCGUGGCAGGAUGAAGAAUACUUUGGCAGUUAUGGGACCCUGAGGCUACACUUAGAGAUGUUGUCGGACAAGAGUCGCACUGAGGCGUACCGGCAGGUUAUUCUCAGCAACAGUGCUUCUCUGAGGAAUAAGGUGGUGAUGGACCUUGGCUGUGGGACUGGCAUCAUCAGCAUGUUCUGCGCUCAGCUGGCACAACCCUCAGUGGUGUAUGCCGUGGAGGCAAGCUCCAUGGCGGAGUACACCAGACAGCUGGUGAGGCAGAACAACUGUGAGGAGGUGGUUACGGUGCUCCAAGGACGAGCUGAGGAGAUCGAGCUGCCUGAGCAGGUGGAUGUCCUAGUGUCUGAGUGGAUGGGCAACUGCCUGCUGUUUGAGUUCAUGGUGGAGUCAGUCCUGCUGGUCCGGGACCGCUGGCUGAGGGAAGGCGGCGUGAUGUGGCCCUCAUCUGCAGCCCUCACCCUGGUGCCAUGUCAGGCCGACAGCUAUUAUGCAGAGAAAAUGGCCUUCUGGGAGCAGCCCUAUGGCCUGGACUUCACCCCUCUUCAGCCUUUGGCACAGCAGGAGUUCUUCACCAAACCCAAGUUCAGUCACCUCAUUGAACCCAAUGACUGCCUGACUGCCCCCUGUGAUGUCAUCUGUCUGGAUAUGUACACUCUGCAAGUCAAAGACCUGGAGGAAAUAAAGGGUCAGUUUCAUUUUUGUGUGGAGAAGUCUGGAGUAUUCCACGGAUUCACAGCCUGGUUCACUGUUCAUUUUGAGAGCCUCGAGACAGGAGGUGCAACAGUGGAACUUAACACCGGACCCAACUCUGAGCCUACACACUGGAAGCAGACUCUGUUCAUGCUAGACAGGCCAAUCAGCGUUUAUGCAGGAGACUUGAUCAGUGGAAACAUUGUCCUGUACAGGAACCCCGUCUGGAGACGCCACAUGACCGUUACCCUGCACUGGAACAUUAACAGUGCCACAGAGGAGACAGACAACUGCCAGGUUGGGACAAAGGUUUUCCCCAUGUGGAGGUGACAGACCAUGUCCAUCAGUGGUGAAGAUCCACAGAAAACCAGUUUAGCAUCAGCGAGGUAUCAGCUGAGAGCUGCUGCUGCUGCUGCUGACCUGUAAUGGAGUGUGACUUUGAUAUCACAACAAACGUGGUGGCCAAAGCAGCCUCAUCUGCCUGCACAUGUGGUCUAUGGUACUAUGAGAACACCUGAUAACUACAGGCCCAGGUGACUCAACACACCACGAUUUAUCUUAUACGAACAGGUUAGCAGAGAGGAACUUGCAUGUUUGGAAUGAACUGUGAAGCAUUACUGCAACUUCAACAUAAAUGCUUACUGGGCUCAGUGGGAACAACUGAAACAAGAAAAUGUGGUCUAUGGUGCAACAAAAGAAAUGUUUAAAUCCACCACACUA